CUGAGGCUUUCGGGAAGGCGGCGGGAAGAUGGCUUCCCCCAGAGACCGGCUAUGCAGACAGAGGAGCGCGCGGGUCGUCGGGGAUGCUCGGGAGUGGAGGUGGUGUUUUCCUCUGAUCCUGCCGUCCCCGCGCCCCUGUGCCCUCACGGACCCACUCUUCUGUUUGUAAAGGUGAAUCAAGGGAAAGAAGAAACCCGGAGGUUUUAUGCCUGCUCAGCCUGUAGAGAUAGAAAAGACUGUAAUUUUUUUCAAUGGGAAGAUGAAAAGUUGUCAGAAGCUAGACUUGCUGCCCGAGAAGCUCAUAACCGAAGAUGUCAACCUCCCCUAUCUCGAAGGCAGUGUGUAGAAAGGUACUUGAAGUUUAUCGAGUUGCCCAUGUCUAAGAGGAAGUUUUGCCAAAGUUGUCAGCAGUUGCUGUUACCAGAUGAAUGGGGGAGGCACCGUGAGCAUCAGGUGCUGUGUGAUAUUUCUGUCACCCAAUUACGAAGGCCCAGUCAACUCCUUUAUCCCCUGGAGAACAAGAAGGCAAAUGCCCAGUAUCUGUUUGCUGAUAGGAGCUGUCAGUUCUUGGUAGACCUGCUUUCUGCCCUUGGAUUCAGAAGAGUGUUAUGUGUUGGAACACCAAGGUUGCAUGAGCUGAUCAGGUUGAUGCCGUCAGGUGACAAGAACUCCAACAUUAAAAGCCUUUUACUGGAUAUUGAUUUUCGGUAUUCACAGUUUUAUAUGGAGGAUAGCUUUUGCCAUUAUAAUAUGUUUAACCAUCAUUUCUUUGAUGGACAGGCUGCCCUUGAAGUAUGUAGAACAUUUUUACAGGAAGAUGAAGGUGAAGGAGUCAUUAUGGUGACAGAUCCUCCUUUUGGUGGCUUGGUUGAACCUCUGGCUGUUACAUUCAAGAAGUUAAUUGCUAUGUGGAAAGAAGGUCAAAGCCAAGGUAACAGUCACAAAGAACUACCCGUUUUCUGGAUUUUCCCGUAUUUUUUUGAAUCCCGAAUUUGUCAAUUUUUUCCAAGCUUCUGCAUGCUGGAUUACCAGGUAGAUUAUGAUAAUCAUGCACUUUACAAACAUGGAAAGACAGGUCGAAAGCAGUCUCCUGUGCGUAUUUUCACCAACAUUCCACCCCACAAAAUAAUCCUUCCUACCGAAGAAGGGUACAGAUUUUGUCCUGUAUGUCAGCGAUAUGUUUCUCUGGAGAAUCAGCACUGUGAGCACUGUAAUUCUUGUACAUCCAAGGAUGGCAGGAAAUGGAACCAUUGCUUUCUCUGCAAAAAGUGUGUAAAGCCUUCCUGGAUCCACUGUAGCAUUUGUAAUCACUGUGCCCUUCCAGGCCAUACUUGCAAGGACCCCCAAGACGGCUGCUUUAUUUGUGGUGAGCUGGAUCACAAGCGCAGUGCUUGUCCUAACAGAGCUGUCAGAAAGCAGAAGCAAAGAAAAAGUAAUAAGAUGAAAAUGGAGCCCACUAAAGGACAACCCAUGAAUCACACGUCCGUCAGAAGGAAAAAGAAAAGCAGAGAAAGAGCCCAUCAAUAUCUUUGCUCUUAAAUGUCCACUGACCGAAGAAUAAGAAAGAUUGAUGGUCCAACCUUUGAUGCCAUUUUCUGAAAGUGCCACACUGGACUUCAAUUCAGCCUCCAUCAGAGGUGUGCACCUUUCUAAGCUGGAUAAUAGGCGGGUGGGGCUUGCUGGUUUAUGGUCCCCUCGUCUUCCCUUCUGAAGUCUUGGGGAGCUGGUUCCAUCCUUGGCAUGCGUUUUUCUUCCCUUUAAGUCUCUUCCAAUCAUAUUAUUUUAGCUUCUGUUGUCUGAAAAAUGGGCACACAGUGUUCUUUUGCAGAAGAUGCCAGAAGAAAAUGAAUGUGAAAACCUUAUAAAGUUUGUUUUACAUUAAACUUAAGAAUAUGUUAGUUAGUUAGUCUUGUGAAAUAUGUAACAGUGAGGCUAGAUGUGGUGGCUCAUGUCUAUAAUCCUAGCACUAUGGGAGGAUGAGGCGGGUAGAUUGCCUGAGUUCAUGAGUUUGAGACUAGCCAGACCUUGUCUCUAAAAACAGCUGGGCAUUGUGGGGUCACCUGUAGUCCCAGGUACUUGGGAGGCUGAGGUAAUUGAAUCGCUUAAGCCCAAGAGUUUGAGGUUGCUGUGAACUAUGAUACACAGCUCUACCGAGGGUGACAAAGUGAGAGUCUGUCUCAAAAAAAAAAAAAGGAAAUAUUUAACAAUGGUUUAAACCCACUCAAAAAGUACAAUGUACAGUGAUUUUUAGACUGAAUGUGAAAAUGAUGGAAAGAAUUCUUACAAGGGCACUGUAAAGAUAUAAACAUCAUAAUUAUAGUAAAACUAUUAUUAAAUAUUUAUUUUCCAAGUACUUUUCUGUAGUUGUCCUUUGAGAGUGUAGAAUCACUUCACUAUUUGUUGUAUGAACGAGAUAUCUAGAAUUUUGAUUUGCUAUGUCAUUUCAGUGUCUUUUGACCCAUGCAGUAAGUUUCUGUCUUUGUAAAAGUAGUUAGUAGCAGAAGACCAGAUAGUCUGGUGAUAAACCUCUCAUUCCCAUGUUGACUAACACUUCCUGGCUGGAUGGCCUUGGCCAGGUCACUCACUCUCUAAAAGCCCCAAUUUCUUCAUUAUUACAAUGGAGAGAAUAACAGCUAUACCUCAGGUUUGGUUGUGAUUAAAUUAAAUGAGACUCAGGUGCCUGGCUCUCAGUCACCCUCCCUCAUCAGUGGUGAGUUGUGUAAGAUUGCUCCUGAGGCCUCAUGGUAAUCAGCUGUCAGUCAAAUAGCAUCGCACUGAAGGGCGCAGUUUAAACUCCCAGAACAACAGUCCAUCUUCCCAUUUCUCUGCUAGAUAUCUGACAUUAUCUUCUUAAGACUAAACCAUUUUGAAUGACUUACAUUUGCAUAAUGACUUUUCUCUUGUUCCCAAACAACUGCUAUAAAGUGGAUUUGGAGGCAUAUCUCCUUGUGGUUAGCAAGAGCCCUGUAAGGUGUUCAAAUUCCAGGUUAGUUAGGUCUACUUGAUGGAUGACGUGGAAUACUCAGGCAUGGCCCAGAUCAGAGUGGCAGUGAUGUACAUCAGGUGACAUUAAAGGAUGAAUUCAGCUUCUGGACUUCAUACCAUCAAAGUUGUUCUGAGAUGAUCAGGUGGGAUCUGAACUUUGUGAAAUCAUUGUGAGAGUUCUCCUAAUUCAAGCAGGGAUGGGAACAUUGCCUGACUUUUCAUACCAUGGUACAAUCUAUUGAAAUCUCUGAAACUCAGACACCCGAGCGACUGUGACUACUGAAGAAUUGAGUUCUCGUGGCCAACUGUUAUUGGCAUCACCUGUUUCCUUAGUUUUAAAAAACCAUCAAUUGGCCAGGUGCAGUGGCUCACACUUGUAAUCCUAGCAAUCUGGGAGUUUGAGGCAGGCGGAUUGCCUGAGCUCAGGAGUUCAGACCAGCUUGAACAAAAGCAAGACCCCUGUCUCUAAAAAUAGCUGGAGAUUGUUUCGGGCACCUAUAGUCCCCAGCUACUUGGGAGGCAAGAGGCUCACUUGAGCCCAAGGGUUUGAGGUUGCUGUGAGCUAUGAUGCUACCGUACCCUACCCAGGGUGACAUAGUGAGACUGUCUAAAUAAAAUUUUAAAAAAUUACAGCUAAAUUUCAUUCAGAUUCUUGCUUAUGUUACAAAAUUUGACGAAAUAGUCUUUUUGUAAGCCCUCAAUGACCAGAUUUCAAAGUGUUUUUUUUUUUGUUUGUUUGUUUUUUUACGUUAGUCUGACAGACUAAUUUAUCUCCAAUAUGCCCCUUUCUUUUCAUGCGGAACUGUUCUUUCUGCUUGGAAUAUCCUUCUAUGUGGCUGUCUAUUGA